AUGAGUAAAAAAAAGGACCCAAUUAAUUUGUCAAACAAGGAUUUCCUUAAAUAUAUGGAAGGAAUAGAAGAGCGAGCGAAAAAGAUGCAUCAAAUUAUAAUAGAAUCCAAUUCCUCUACAACUCCUCUUCCUCGUUCACAAAGAAUGCAACCUUAUUCUCGUAAUCGUGUAUUUUCUUCGAAACCACAAUCACGACUGAAACCUGUCGAAUUCGAACUUGGAAAAAACUUAACUCCAAAACGCAAGCAUUCUUUUCAAUCUUCGUCACCACUCACACCAGAUACACCUGAUCAACUUACUUUGGGGUCACCAUUACAACGGUCAUCCGCGCAAGUUGCCAAUCAACUGUCUAGACAAGAUUCCAAUUUUCAGCAAUCCACUUCUCACAAUUCACCAGUUCCCGUUACACCAGACGAUAUUGACCAAUUUGCACAAGACGAAUUAGAAAUAAUUCGUCUUUUUCGUUAUUAA